UAAUGCCUCGCACAGGGGCCAAUGUGAGCCACGCAACGCCACUGACUCCCACCCGCAUUGUCAUUGGUAGAUGCGGUGUGUGUGGGGGGGGGAGCCGUGGUGCAAACAGGGAGGUAUAAAUACUGCGGCUUGCCCCACGGGCAUUUCGGGGGGAGAAGACUAGGAGUCAAAUCGGCAGCGGUGCCCCGCGACAGAAAUCAACUCAACUUCGCUCAAAGUCUCUCUCCCUGGCCUGGUCUCGCAGGUCAAUGGGUCAUCAUAGUACAUAGACUCGCACAUGCAAUCCGGCACUGGCUGAGUGAGAUCCGCGGAUAUCGACAUCAGUCUUCCGCACGAGGGUAACCAUCACGGACAAGUAACCCGUACAGGUGAGGGCGAAGAGCUGCACACCCUGACAACUAGCAUGGCUUCCAUCCCGUCAGGAUCGCUUCUGGCAAAGAAAGACUUCUACCGCAGGCGUCUCAGCUCCUGCUCGAGCGUGGCGUCGUCAUCGAGCGGGGCCGACAGGCCGUGGGACUGCGCCGAUGUGGCACCGACCCAGCCUCACCCCCCAGCACUCCCCACGUCGGAAUCCGGCCACUGGUGGAUCAACUCCUUCCUGGGCAAAGCUGGCAGGUCGCAGAGCGACAACCUGCCGCCCUGUCAGGCUAUGCAGAAGCUGAGUGAGGCGCUCGCAGCCCAGCAGGGCCACCCAGCGCCCGUGUGAACGGCCAGGGCCGGAGAGGGAGGGGGGCAGUGGGACGAGCCAUGCCCCCCACCCACACCGCAACACCACCACGUGGCUACACUCACCAC